GGAAAAUUGAAAUCCAGUUUUGGAGACAUUCCAAUGUUGCUGUCUACUCGAAGUUUGUUGAUGUUUUGACGUUCGACUUGUCUUCUGCCCGACUGAGAACAGAGCUUGGACGCGAAAAGUAUUCUAAACCGACAUUUCUUGCGCGUUCACACAGUUAUAAGAAAUACUGAGCCGACAUGGCUACAGCCAGUGCAGGGCAAUGGGUGAAAUUUUUCAAUACGGCCGGCAUCCCGUCCCAAUCGGCCGCAACCUACGCUCAUAUAUUUGUGGAAAAUCGUAUUCAGACAGAUAUGCUGAUGGAUUUAAAUAAGGAGUAUCUGCGGGAGAUGGGGGUGACAAUAAUGGGCGACAUAAUUGCAAUUUUACGGCACGCCAAACAUGUGAGUGAACAAAAUGCGCGCGAGAAAGUUCUGUCGAGCGAAGUUAAAGUGCCGGUGGCCGCGGUGCCAGCGAACACAGCCUCGGUCACCACGAAAAAGAGCCUUUCGUCGAAAGCAAGCAUCGUAAGCUCCGAAGUAGUCGAUGCAUCCAGGCCAGACUAUGAAGAGUCAGCUACGAUUGCAGCCGCCAAACCACAGCCAAGGAGGGUCCUCCCCGAGCAUGAGGGCCGCUACAAAAUCACGCUACCUUCAGGUACCACACAGCGCAGCAAAGAAAUUCUGGCGAAAAAGGCGUUGCUGUAUGCUGACAAGGAACAGGCCAAACCUGGAGUAUUUGAACGUCUCUCUAUGAGUAGCAAUUCCGACGGAUCUCGGACAGGAGAGUCCGAGGUGAGGUUGAUAAAAAUCGACAAACAACACGCGUCCACAUCCUCCUCAAUAUUCUCACGACUGGGCGGGCGCGAUGAGUUCGUCACUAAAACAAUCACAAAAAAGAUUACACCCGUGUCAGGCAUUUUGAAGAAUUCUCCAACCAAGAAGGUAACCGGAGUUGUCAAGAAGACCAUCAAACCCCAGCAAAAAGUGAUUCUGGUCAAGAAAAUUCCAGCCAAAGCAGCAACAAUGAUUGCCGACGACUAUGAUCCACCGGAACGCAUGGAAACAGGCGAGAAAUCUGUGUCGUUCUCAUCCGAAGACGAAAUCGUCGAGAUUGCCUCGCGCCGAGUUAUUAUGAAACCACGCACAAAUAAGAGGUUUGUCGGCAUAAAGGCACGACUGGGUGAGAACGCUCCUCAAAACCUCGCAGUACUCCACAAAACCCGAAAGAUCGUCAAACUCAAACCCACCAUCGUCAAAAAGUCUUCGCCAAUCAAACAUCCCGAGGCCGCCGUUCGCAUGAAGUCCGAUGAACUCCUGAUGAGGAAACCAACGCCAGUGCACAACCGACUGGGCGCACCCUCGUCAUCAGCCUUAAAAAGCAAGUCAUCGAGUUCCAUGUCGCAGUUGACAAACCGAAUUGGCCGAGUGAGCCUGUCGAAGCGGCCACAGCAGAGUUCCGCCGCCGCUGCGGCUGCCACGAGCGUGUUCGAUCGCUUGGGGUACAAUAAUGCGAAUAAGUAUUGAGUUCGCAGGCGAGAAGGGGAUGAAAUGCAGAAAGUACUGAUUUAGGCUGGAUCUUUUAGAGGUGUGGCGAGCGAUUUCCAGUUAAUUCUAAGCUUAUGUUGUGAGAAGUUGGAAGGAGAGCAAGGAGAAGAGAUUAUUGUGUACAAUUAACCCAAUACGCAGUUUCUGAGUCGAUUACCGUUGUCGUCGAAGCAUUUUAGGUUUUUUCUUGUAUAAUAUAGAAUAAAAAUGAUACACUUCCUAAUGAUACGUUAA